CAUUUUGCUAGUUUUCAAAUUGCAAAAUUAAUGUAAGAGGCACUCGUGACUCCACGUAUGCAUUUAUUUACAAAUUAAAUUAUUUAAUUAUGAUGUGAUAUCAGCGCAGAUAUCGAUCUAAUAUAUAAACAAAUUAAGUGGUUAUCCUAUCUUUGGUUGAGAAACUAAACCUAAGGCAAUUAAGAUUCAUGAUCCUUGGCAAAACGAGCACAAGGUCAGUAGUCAACUUAGUGGGCAACCCUUCAAUAUUUUAGUGUUAACUACAUUUCAAUAUUAAUUUGUUGUUCAAAUAGAAACGAAUGUGGUAAUUUUAGAAGUGCCAAACUAUGUAUUUACUGACAGCAAUUAUUUUUGUGAGCAUUAUAAUUUGUCUGUGCCUAUAUAUAAAGAAACGCAACAGUUAUUGGAAGAACUUGGGCGUGCCCUAUGCUGAACCAACUUUACUAUUUGGAAACUUGCUUGCGCUGCUACAAAUUAAAUCCAGCGCAUUCUGGUUCAGGAAUUUAUACGAGUCAACAAACCACUUAUUCUAUGGAUUUUUUUUUACAUUAAAUACUCCAGCGCUUUUGAUAAGAGAUCCAGAACUGAUCAAGCAGAUGUUUGUCAAAAAUUCCGACUUUUUCGCUCACAGGUUAGGUGGACAAAACUGUAAUCACGAUAAAAUGGGUGUGAACUCGAUGUUUUUCAUGAAAUCGCCGACUUGGAAAAUAGUGAGAAAGGCACUGGUGCCCUUUUUUUCUCCGUAUAAACUAGCAAACCUAUCCACAAUUGUAUUUAAGACUGGAGAUAAUUUGGUGGCUUACAUUGAAAGCGAAAUGACAACAAAGCCGUCGAUAGAUGUGCCUAUGAUGGCGAGCAUGUACACCAGUGAUAUAAUCGGCACCGGCCUCUUUGGACUUUCGGCAGAAUCAUUAACGCAUAAAAACACGCGUUACUAUGUGUUGUCUGAAAUGUUAGCUAAAGAAUCCCUCGCGACACUGAUUGAGCGAUUCUGUUUUGGUGUAUUUCCACGCGUGGCACAAUUUCUUAAAAUGAGGUUUUUUGAUAAAACGUCAACGCAAAUUCUUAAACGUAUAUUGGUAAAUACAAUGGAGCAACGAAAAAGUUCAACGUACGUCCGGGGAGAUUUCCUUGAUUUAUUGAACAGUGUUGAAAGAAGGCACGGGGAAAUACUCAAGCACGACGAGCUUGUAGCCCAAGCGUUUCAAAUGCAUUUCGCGGCGCACACGUCGACCAAUACUAUUAUUUUGGCAUUACACGAAAUCUGUCUACACCCUCAUGUACAAGCCAGACUGCGCCAAGAGAUAACGCAAGUUUUGUCAAAGCACGAAGUUUUGUCAUUACGAGUUUUAUACGACAUGGUUUACCUAGACAUGGUAGUUUCAGAAACGCUUAGAAAACACCCAAUAGCGCCAAUUCUGGAACGUGUAUGCACCAAGUCGUAUACCAUUCCAGACACAAAUAUCGUUAUUAAAAAGGGUCUACCGUGUUUUGUGAGUGUAUAUGGUUUGCACCACAAUAGUGAAUUCUUCCCAAAUCCAGAGAAGUUCGAUCCCGAGCGUUUCUCUCCAGAAAAUAGGCCAAAUAUUGUGUCCGGUUCUUAUCUUCCGUUCGGUAUAGGUCCGCGAAAUUGCAUAGCCACUAGACUUGGAUUACUUACUGUGAAAGUAGCUCUUAUGAAAAUUAUACACAAUUUUGAAAUCGAGCUGGGUGCUACCGAAGACAGAGAAAUAGGAUAUGAUCCCUUAUGUUUGUUCAUUGGCCCAAAUAAAAAUUCUUCCAUCAUGAAGUUUAAGCCAGUACGAAGAGGUUAAGUAUUAAAAAAAAACUCGUUGCUGCUUGCGCCAUUUUGUAUAUCUGAAGAGAAGAACUAAUAGAUUUCAUAUCCCCUCUAAAACCCUACGCUAUGGAGACUUUUUAAAGAAACAAACUUAUUACCAAAUGAAUGUACCAGUUGAAAGAGCUCUUUCAAUAAUGGCUAAUUGAAGUCUGUUCAGGUUGUACGGAAACAAACGUUUAAUUUAAGUAUGUUUAAGUAUAUCAAUUGUCUUUACAUAGAUCCGGAAAUAAGUAAAAAGUAUGUACUGGUUUUCAAUAGAUAUGUAUCUAUUUUUUAUUACAUUACUAGUAAAUCAUGUUGUUGGCAAAGAUUAACUAGUUUAGCAUAAAUUUUGGAGGCAAAAUAAGUACAUCAAUAAAACUUUGUUUAUUAA